AUGCUGCCCGCAUUUCUGCUGCCAACCAGAAAGGUAUAUAGGCGAAAAAAUUAUGCCGAGAACAAUCCGCCGUCGAUCAUGGCUUCAUCAAUUAUUCUGCUAAUCUUGGUCUUCGCAUCUUCACUUUCGAACGCUGCACUUUACCGUAAGAGAAGGGCUGCCUUCUCUUGUUCAAAUACUGAGUUGAGUGAUGGACUACGACAAGUUUUCCUCAGCUACCAUAACGAUGCUCGUCAACGCGUAGCCAGUGGCGUUGAGCCAAAUAAUGUUGGUAGCUUGAACCCGGCAAAAAACAUGUAUAAAUUGGAAUGGGACUGUGCAAUGGAGCAACAAGCCCAGGAUGCCAUUUCGGCCUGUCCAAGUAGCUUGGGAUCAUUCUCCAAUAUGGCACAGAACUUGAUGAGGUUCUCCAGCACCGGCGGUUUCUCUAACCCAGCCGUUCAGAUAAACUCAACUCUCAGCAGCUGGUGGGGUAAAGCGAAGCAGUACGGAGUUACGGACUCGCUGAACAAGUACACCAGCAGCAAUCUUUACACCUUUGCCAACAUGGUAUUCGCUGAAACCACGAAACUUGGCUGCGCUUACAAAGUUUGCAGCAAUUAUUUGACGAUCACAUGUCUCUACAAUGGGAUUGGCUAUUACACCAAUGCACCAAUGUGGGUGACUGGUCCAGCAUGCAGCCAGGCAUCAGACUGCACCACAUAUUCAAACUCUGGUUGCAGCGGUGGACUGUGCACAAAAGGAGCUGACAUCCCAGACACCAACAAUCAGUGCUCUAACAAUGCAGGAACGACUGAUGCAGUUCGACAAAAGUUCCUCGACAUGCAUAACAAUUAUAGAUCUAGCGUAGCCCGUGGGUUAGAGCCCGAUGCACUCGGUGGAAAUGCACCCAAAGCUGCUAAGAUGCUCAAGAUGGUGUACGACUGCUCAGUCGAGUCCACUGCGCUGGCACACGCCUCGAAGUGCGUCUAUCAGCACUCCAGCAGCGCUGAUAGGCCGGGACUGGGAGAAAAUAUCUACAUGACAAGUGCUGUCAACUUUGAUAAAGUGAAGGCUGCCACGCAGGCAUCCCAACUUUGGUGGAGCGAGUUGAAAGACUAUGGGGUUGGCCCCUCCAACAACCUUACCACGGCACUGUGGAACAGACCCAACACCCAGAUUGGUCACUAUUCGCAGAUGGCCUGGGAGACCAGCUAUCGACUCGGUUGUGCGGUUGCUCACUGCUCUACCUUCACAUUUGGUGUUUGUCAGUACGGACCAGCUGGUAAUUACCUGAAUCGCCUCAUAUACACCAUUGGAGACCCAUGCACGUCAGACUCCGGAUGUCCAGGAUCGUACACAUGUAAUGUGGCGGAAGGACUGUGUAAUGUCGUUUAG